CUUAUUACAGAGUGGAAGACAUGCUGAGAUGGGUAACAGGAGUAAACAAUGUCGCAAGCGUGCACCCUGUCCAAGAACGCCCACUUGAUCUCUUACCCGAAGUGGGCAAUGGCGAGCGCGCAAUAUCCGGCAUGGAAGUCCCAGUGAGUCCGAGCACCAAACCCAUCUCCGGUGCCACGCAGACAGUCGCUGUCACCUUAGUUAAGGGAGAAAAAGGUCUCGGCUUCACCAUUACCACGAGAGACAACCCCACUGGAGGACACUGCCCUAUUUACAUUAAGAAUAUUCUACCUAAGGGAGCAGCAGUAACAGACGGACGACUUCGUGCAGGCGAUAAGCUCGUGUCCGUUAACAACAUAUCAGUGUCAGGGCUGACACAGCAACAAGUGGUCACGUUACUUCGGAACACACCCACUGACUCCACCGUAGACAUUGUCGUCGAGAGAACUGUGCCCAACAGGACUCAGAGAGUGGAACCCCAACAAAGUCCAACAAAAUAUGUGGAGAAGCCCAUAGGAUCACCAAAUAGCAUAGUUAUUAACAAGUCUGACGACAGUAAGCCCGAAGGCCGUGUUUCGAGUAUGGUACACGCUAUCAACCAGAACAGCACGAAUAACUCUAUACGAGGAAGGAUACCGAAAAGUGCUUCUAAAGAUGAACUUCUCAAGAAAGACCAGUCAGCAGAUAGUGCGUUGCAGGAGGCUCUAAAUUCUUCCUCGAAUUCUAUUUUAGGUCUUCGAAACCGUCUAAUCCUUCGACUGGACGUACCUGUCCAUGACUCCGAGAAGGCAGGCCUCGGUAUAAGCGUAAAGGGCAAGGUCACAGUUGGUCAAGACCCACAGGACCUUGGCAUCUUCAUCAAGUCAGUAUUGCAUGGUGGCGCAGCUUCUAGAGAUGGCAGACUGCACACAAACGACCAGCUGCUAAGCGUGAACGGAGUGACACUAGUUGGUCAGUCGAACGCUGAAGCGAUGGAGACACUUCGCCGCGCCUUGUUGCACUCUCGUCCGCACGUUCACGGCAGCAUUUCGCUUACGAUCGCAAGACGGACUGACAGCAUGGACAGUCUAGCAAGGUGGAAAGACGACACUCCACCCAAUGGAAACGACACCGGCAACUCAAACGAAAAUUCUCAGAACUACAACACAGUCAUAUACAAUUCUGGUUCAACCGAUAAAGAAAAUAAAUCGUUAGACAACUUCAACCAUAAUAACCGUGAAGGUAACGAACGAGGUUUUGACAACCACGAUGUAAGAGGGAGCAAGAAACAUGCUUCGAUAGUAACGAUAAACAACAACACGAGUUGGGUGUCAAACCAAUCGGAUGACAGCAAAGGGUAUUUAGAAAGAGACAAAGAUACAGUACCACAUGAUCCAAAGAGAGAUAGCUUUGAGUGGAGUCGUUUGGAUGGUUGGAAUCCUGUGAUAGAUAGACUGACCGGGCUUAGGAACGAGAGUUAUUACAUGGCUACGCAGACAGAUGGUCCAAUGACAAACGGACACCAUUACCGACCAAAUCACGGCCAUGUCCACAUGUCAAGGUCGCCGCCUGCGCACCAUAAUGUCAUUAUUGAAGAAGAUUAUGGUACUACGAGGGGCAGUGGUAGCGGUAACGGUGGUGGCGAGUCGGGCAGCGAGUGCGGCGCAGGCUUUAGCAGAGACGCAGUCGGCCGGCGCUCUAUGUCAGAGAAGAGGCAUGCUGCCAUGGACGCUAAGCAGACCGGCACCUAUCGCAAGAUCAAGGAAACGAAGGCGAUUAAUGCCAUGCAAGUCGGACCAUCGUUAGGUAUGAGAAAAUCCUCCAGCUUAGAGUCUUUACAAACGGCCAUACAAGAAAACCAAAGGAAUCCCCGCAACGAAACUAUUUAUGCGCGAGGGCAUCCACCGCUAAAGCAUUGGUUAACCGACGACAAUCACGGCCUUGACACGAUGGUGCGGGGAUCGCCGCAACAGUCGUCGCUAUCACAUAAGAAACCUUCGUUGUUCAAGUCGUUGUCUACAAUGUUCAGGAUUGGCAAGCCGAACAAGAAGACUGAGCAAGAGAUCUACGGACGAUCACAGCCUGGCAGAUCUUCGGAGAAGUCAUUAUCCCGCGAAGCGCUGGAGCGCCACAACCGCAUUGAUGAGAGGAUGGAUGACGCCAACCCACCGACGCUACAGAAGUCUAUUCAAAGGCCUGAUGUCCAGCACUCGCGGCAGAGCAGCGGCAGCGGCGAGCGAUCGUCGCACAAGUCGUUACGCCACAACGCACCGCCGUACCGCGCCCCACCCGCACGUAUGCAGCCUACGCACCAAGCGCAGGCAAUAGACAGUGCAUAUGGUCCACAAGGUCACUACGUCAAUUACGAUGAAAUUCAACAGAAUCUAAACGCCCGCCGAGAGAAGCUAAGCGAAGUCCAAAUCGGUCAAAUGCGUCGUCAGGUGCAUGUGCAGCGAGAACGUGCCAAGGCCGAAGAGGAGAGUCGUCGAGUAGGAUCGGGUGGUUACCACUCACAGCGCUCUUGUAGAGAGGGCGGGGCCCGACCGCAGUCCAACUACUACGAAUACGAGAGCGCACCACCGCGACGUCCUGGGAAGCUUUCGCAUUACCACUGACCGAUUGAACAAACACUAGUAUUGCAGGAAUUUAAAGAACUUACUUCGUCUACUAACGAUAUGAAAAAUAGUGCGUACAUUUAAAGGUCCAAAUGUAAUUUUCUGACUUCCUUGUUAUAACUAACGCAUUUGCAUUUUGGUAACUUUCCAGACAUUGCCAAUGUCUUAAAGUUUUCUUUUCUUUCAAAAAUGUUCAUUACAGAUAUAUAUAUAUAUAUAUAUGUAUAUACAUAGAUAGGGUUAUACAUCUAUAAUAAUAUAAAAUCGCGUUUCACCGAUUUUAAAUAAGUGAAUAACUCAAUUCCGCUAAAAAUGUCGAUUACGUUAAUUAUGAUAAGGAGGGCAGAAUUAUUGUGAGCUUUUCCCACGUAACUAAUUCUGAUAAAGAGCAUAGUAGAGUAUGGACUAUUAAUUAAUCCCUCAGUCGAUAUGUAUACAGUUAAUGAAAAUUGUAACUUAGUAAGUUUUAGAAUUCUGCGAUGUAUUGAAAAAUCCGGAAAUAUAUCGUACCAUUAACAAUGACCCUUGGUAUACAAAAGC